AUGCCCCCUCCGCCCCUUGAACUCAACCCACAGCAGCUUGUGUGCCACAGUGCAGGGUCCUCUCAGCUGGCACAGACAUGGCAAAGCUGCUAUGGGUGCCUGGUGGAGGAGCCCCAGUGGGCUGGCUGGGUGGCCCAGCGGGAGCUGGGACAGCGCCCGCGGGAAAGGGUGGGCAGGCCUCUAGACCCGGGGAUCAGCUGGGGCUGUGCCCGAAGGUACGGAGCGCCUGUCACAGGGCAGAUCCAGGAUUACAAGGGGGUCUCUGAAAUGUUCGAUGAGGAGGGCAGAGGGCAGGUGAAGAUGGAUGAGCUGGAGCAGCUCAUGAGUUUCCUGGGCAUCAACUCCACCAAGAGUGAGUUGGCCUCCACGGCUAAGGACGUGGACAGAGUUAAGAAAGGGCUCUUCAACUGCAGCAACUUCCUGGCCCUGAUGGGAGUGUAAUUGGAGAAGGCCCAGAACCAAGAGGGUGAGCUGAGGGCAGCCUUCUGCGUCUUUGACAAGGAGGCUAAGGGCUACAUUGACUGGGACAUGAUCAAGUAUGUGCUUAUGAACGUAGGUGAGCCCCUCAAAGAGGUGGAGGCUGAGCAGAUGAUGAAGGAAGCUGACGAGAAUGGGGAUGGGACCCUCGACUACGAGGGUGAGCAGAGGAUGGGCCCCGGGACCCUGGAGGCCGGUCAGUCUGGCCGGGCUGCUGACCUGUCCCUCUGCUCUCAGAGUUCAUGUCAUGAUGACUAGGGAGUCCUUCAAGCUGGUUCAGUAGGAGGAGCCGCUGGGGCUGAGGGAGGUCUGCUGGCAGAAGCCUACUACCCGCUACUGUCCACCCCACCCCAGUUCCGCAGCCAAUAAAUACUCCAGCCAGACUCAUGUGUGCAUCACUGUCCUCAGGCUGGAAAGAAGGGACUUCAAAGCUGUGGGUCUGGAGAAGGUAGAGGAUUCUCCCGAGUCGACCAUGGCACUUGGCC